GUGCGGAGCUGCGGCGCCAGCUCACCUCUCGGAUGGAGGCGCCAGGCUGGGCGUGGACCCUGCGCCGGGGCAGCUGGGGUCCGGGCGGCCGGGCAGAAGCACUGCACCGCCGCCUCCCCCAAAGCGCCCCUGCCCUCUAGAACCUUCAACCACUCAACAGCCCCCGCACCCCGAGUUGUGCCGACUCUCCGCCUUUCUCCGACCCAGCUAAGGCGUGAUGCCGCCCUGGGUCGGCCCAGCCUCCGACUGGCCCCGAACCCCUUUCCAGUUAAAGAGGGGAUGCUGCGGGAAAGGCGGGGCCGCGCGCCGCGGGAGGAGGGCGCAGCCGGGUCGGGGGGAGGCCCCCGCCCCCCGCGCUCCGCAGUGCCUGGCGCGCCCGCGCACGCUCACUCGGGGCGCCCUGCGGGCGGGGCGGCGCUGACGUCACCCACUGACCCCCUCCACCCCCUGGCCGAGGGGCGGUGGCCGCGCAGGCUCCGCGGGACGGACUCACAGACGGACCCGGGACGGAGGGACGGGCGCACGGCCAGGCCAUGCCUGGGGAGGCUGCUCGCGCCGAGCUGCUGCUGCCUGAGGCGGGCGGCCCGGGUCCCCGCACAGAUCUGUCCUGCGAUGCAGCUGCGGCCACCACCCCGAGAGGGGACCAGCUGGAGCACUGUGCCCUGACCCCCGGGCCCAGUGCCCUGGCCCUCACGUUCCUGCCCAACAAGCCAGGAGCCAGGCCCCCACCAGAGGGAGCCAGCUGGGAUGCAGGACCGGGCACCCCCUCAGCCUGGGCAGUCCCCACGGAAGGCGGCCCCAGCCCAGGGCCCCCCGAGGUUCGACCUGCCGAGGGUCCUCUCCUAGCCACCCUGGAGCCCCGGAUUGUGAUGGGCGAGGAGACGCACCGCGCACUCCCACCGUCCAGGGCAGCCCUGCCAGAGCUCAGGGACUGGGAGGGUGGGCACGCCAGCCUGAACCCACCCCCCGAGUUGUGUUCUCAGGGUGACCCUCCUGUGCCUUUCCCUGCUCUGGACCCUGACUCCUACUUCACACCUCCCUCCACCCCCACCGAGACAGCCUCUGCCCUGCUCCCCAGGAGCAGCGCUGGGCCCUGCAGGGACGCCCGGGAUGCCCAGGCUGAGCCAGGGGGCUCACCACCUGCCUCGCCACCUGCCUCACCACCGGCCUCGCCCUCAGGCUCCUACAUCACAGCGGAUGGGGACAGCUGGGCCUCGUCCCCAUCCUGCUCCCUGAGCCUGCUGUCCCCGGCUGAGGGGCUGGACAUCCCCUCGGGCUGGGGCUUCUCCCAGCUGGGGUCCAUGGCGGACGAGCAGGAGCUGCCCCCUGCUGGGCCCCCGGGCUCCCUGUCCUCAGAGUCCAGCCUCUCGGCAGACAGCAGCUCUUCCUGGGGCCAGGAGGGCCACUUCUUCGAGCUGGACUUCCUGGCCAACGACCCAAUGAUCCCCGCCGCCCUCCUGCCCUUCCGGGGCAGCCUGAUCUUCGAGGUGGAGGCAGUAGAGGUGACGCCGCUGCCCCCCGAGGGAGAGGAGGCGGAACAAGAGGAAGAACAGGAGGGGGAACAGGAGGAGGAGGCCCCUGCCCCUGGAGGGGACCUGGCCGGGGAGGGCGAGGACGACAGCACUUUUGCCUCCUCCCUGCAGUCGCUGUCUGACCUCUCCAUUACUGAGGGCAUGGAUGAGGCCUUUGCCUUCCGAGACGACACCUCGGCGGCCUCCUCUGACCCCGACUCGGCUUCCUACACAGGGGCAGAUGACGAGAGGCUGUACAGCGGAGAGCCCCACGCCCAGCCCACCGCUCUGCUCCAGAACAGCCCUGACGAGGCCCUGUCCUGGGGCCCGGAGUGCGCUCCUGGGGUCUUGGAGGGAGAGGCCAGCCAUGCCACUGAGAGCCAGGAAACUGCUGCUGAAAUAGCUGGGGCGGAGCCCGCUUUAGGCCAGGCAUCCACUGCGGCUGUGGCCCCGCACGCCCCACAGGAAGGCCCUGGCCUCACCGGGCUGACCCCUCAGGCCCUGGGGAAAGAGGCAGAUUCCACUGCAGGACCAGGGCCUGUCGCCACAGCCACACCUCAGCCCCUGCAGGAGGGAGACGAUGCCACCUUAGGCCUGGAGCCUCGGACUGCACAGGGCGUGGCGGGUUUCCUGCCAAGCCCAGACUCUCCGCAGGAUUUGAAGGAGGAAGCGGGCCAGGGGCCUGCUGCUGCAGCCAGCCCUGAGCCACAGCCUGGAGAAGUGGAUCUGGCCACACCCCUGCCCCUGCAGGAUGCAGGCCUCCCCUCAGGCCAGGGGCCUGCUGCUGCGGCCAGCUAUCAGGCCCUGCAGACAGAUGCAAGCUGCCUCCCAGGUACUGAGCCCAUGGCAACCUCGGCCCGGCGGGAAGGAGACAAGGCCUUGAGACUGAGGCCAGCUCCUGACGAUAGGGACGCAGGCCACACUGGAGGCCCAGAGCCUCCAGCCUUGGACCAGGCCCAACAGGGCAGCCCAGAGCAAGCUGCAGAUGCUGAAAUACCCUGGGCCUCACAGGAAGAUGCGGGCUGCCUCAGUCCUGCCACAGAGGCCCCAGACCCUGCUGAGCCUGACACAGAAGCCCCAGACAUCUCCAAAUCUGCCUCAGAGGGCCUGGACACCCCCAAGCAUGACAAGGAGGUCCUGGGCACCCCCAAGCCUGCCUCAGAAGGCCUGGACAGCCCGGAGCAUGACAAGGAGGUCCUGGACACCCCCGGGCCUGCCUCAGAGGCCCUGGACACCCCCGAGCAUGACAAGGAGGUCCUGGGUACCCCCAAGCCUGCCUCAGAAGGCCUGGACACCCCCGAGCAUGACAAGGAGGUCCUGGGUACCCCCGAGCCUGUCUCAGAGCACCUGGACACCACUGAACAUGACAAGGAGGUCCUGGACACCCCUGAGCCUGCCUCAGAGGGCCUGGACAGCCCCAAGCAUGACAAGGAGGUCCUGGACACCCCCAGGCCUGCCUCAGAAGGCCUGGACACCCCCAAGCAUGACAAGGAGGUCCUGGACACUCCAGGGCCUGCCUCAGAGGGUCUGGACAGCCCCGAACAUGACAAGGAGGUCCGGGACACCCCUGAGCCUGCCUCAGAGGGCCUGGACACCGCUGAACAUGACAGGGAAGUCCUGGGCACCCAUGAGCAUGAUAAGGAGGCCCUGGGUACCCCCAAGCCUGCCUCAGAGGGUCUGGACACCCCCGAACAUGACAAGGAGGUCCUGGACACCCCCGAGCCUGCCUCAGAGGGCCUGGACACCCCUGAACAUGACAAGGACGUUCUGGGCACCCAUGAGCAUGAUAAGGAGGCCCUGGGUACUCCCAAGCCUGCCUCAGAGGGUCUGGACACCCCCGAACAUGACAAGGAGGUCCUGGACACCCCUGAGCCUGCCUCAGAGGGCCUGGACAGCCCUGAGUGUGACAAGGAGGUCCUGGGCACCCCCAAGCCUGCCUCAGAGGCCUUGGACACCCCCGAACAUGACAGGGAAGUCCUGGGCACCCCUGAGCACAAUAAGGAGGCCCUGGGUACCCCCAAGCCUGCCUCAGAGGGCCUGGACAGCCCUGAGUGUGACAAGGAGGUCCUGGACACCCCCAAGCCUGCCUCAGAGGGCCUGGACACCCCCAAGCAUGACAAGGAGGUCCUGAACACCCCCGAGCCUGCCUCAGAGGGCCUGGACACCCCCAAGCAUGACAAGGAGGUCCUGGACACCCCCGAGCCUGCCUCAGAGGGCCUGGACACCCCCGAACAUGACAAGGAAGUCCUGGGCACCCCUGAGCAUGAUGAGGAAGCCCUGGGUACCCCCAAGCCUGCCUCAGAGGGCCUGGACACCCCCAAGCAUGACAAGGAGGUCCUGGACACCCCCGAGCCUGCCUCAGAGGGCCUGGACACCCCCAAGCAUGACAAGGAGGUCCUGGACACCCCCGAGCCUGCCUCAGAGGGCCUGGACACCCCAGAACAUGACAAGGAAGUCCUGGGCACCCCUGAGCAUGAUGAGGAAGCCCUGGGUACCCCCAAGCCUGCCUCAGAGCGUCUGGACACCCCUGAGCAUGACACAGAGAGUCUGGAUACCCCUGAGCAUGACACAGAGGGCCUGGACAUCCCUGAGCCUGACAUAGAGGCCCUUGGAACCCCUGAGCCUGCCUCAAAGGGCCUGGACAUCCCAGAGCGUGACACGGAGGCCCUGAGCACCCCCAAGUCUGCCACAGAGAGCUCGGACACACCCAUGCCUGAGACCGAGGCCCUGGACACCUCUGAACCUGCCACGGAGGCCCUGGACACCCCUGAGCCUGACACAGAGGCCCUGGACACCCCCAAAUCUGCUAUGGAGGCCCUGGACACCCCCGAGCCUGACACAGAGGCCCUGGACACCCCCAAAUCUGCUAUAGAGGCCCUGGACACCCCUGAGCCUGACACGGAGACCCUGGAUACCCCCAAAUCUGCCAUGGAGGCCCUGGACACGCCCAAGCCUGCCACAGAGGCCCUGGACACCCCCAAAUCUGCUACAGAGGGCCUGGACACCCCUAAGCAUGACAAGGAGGGCCUGGCCAUGCCCAGGUCUGCCAUGGAGAGUUGGGAUACCCCUGAGCCUGACUCGGAGGCUCUGGACACCCCCAAGCCUGACAUGGAGGCCCUGGGAACCCCCAAGUCUGCCACGGAGGGCCUGGACAACCCUGAGCCUGACAUGGAGGCCCUGGGCAUCCCCAAGUCUGCCAUGAAGGGCCCGGACACCCCCAAGCCUGACAUGGAGGCCCUGGACACCUCUGAGCCUGCCACGGAGGCCCUGGACACCCCUGACCAUAACAUGGAGGCUCUGGGCACCCCCAAGUCUGCCAUGGAGGGCCCGGACACCCCCGAGUCUGAUGUGGACAUCCUGGGCACCCCCGAGCCUGAAAUGGAGGCCCUGGACACCCCCAAGCCUGACGUGGACAUCCUGGACACCCCUGAGCCUGACAUGGAGGCCCUGGACUCCCCUGAGCCUGACAUGGAGGCCCUGGCAACGCCCCUGCCUGAGACGGAGGCCCUGGACACCCCUGAGCCUGACACAGAGGGACCGGACACCCCCAAACCUGACACGGAGGGCCUGCACACUCCCAAGCCUAUCACAGAAGCCAGGGACACCCCUGAACCUGACACAGAGGACUUGGAGACCCCCGAGCCUGCCAUGGACACCCCUGCCAUGGAAGCCAGGGACAUCCCCGAGCCUGACACAGAGGCCGGGGACACCCCCAAACCUGCCACGGAGGCCCUGGAGACCCCUAAGCCUGACAUGGAGGCUCUGGACACCCCUGAGCCCGACACGGAGGCCCUGGACAUCCCUGAGCCUGCCACAAAGGCCCUGGACACCCCUGAGCCUGACACGGAGACCCUGGACACCCCCGAGCCUGCCACAAAGGCCCUGGACACCCCUGAGCCCGACACGGAGACCCUGGACACCCCUGAGCCUGACACGAAGGCCCUGGACACCCCUGAACCUGCCACGAAGGCCCUGGACACCCCUGAGCCCGACACGGAGGCCCUGGACACCCCUGAGCCUGACAUGGAGACCCUGGACACCCCUGAGCCUGACACGAAGGCCCUGGACACCCCUGAACCUGCCACGAAGGCCCUGGACACCCCUGAGCCCGACACGGAGGCCCUGGACACCCCUGAGCCUGACAUGGAGACCCUGGACACCCCUGAGCCUGACACGAAGGCCCUGGACACCCCUGAACCUGCCACGAAGGCCCUGGACACCCCUGAGCCCGACACGGAGGCCCUGGACACCCCUGAGCCUGACAUGGAGACCCUGGACACCCCCGAGCAUGCCACGAAGGCCCUGGACACCCCUGAGCCCGACACGGAGGCCCUGGACACCCCUGAGCCCGACAUGGAGACCCUGGACACCCCCGAGCCUGCCACGAAGGCCCUGGACACCCCUGAGCCCGACACGGAGGCCCUGGACACCCCUGAGCCCGACAUGGAGACCCUGGACACCCCCGAGCCUGCCACGAAGGCCCUGGACACCCCAGAGCCCGACACGGAGGCCCUGGACACGACUGAGCCUGCCACGGAGGCCCCGGACACCCCUGAGCCUCCCACGAAGGGCCUGGACACCCCUGAGCCUGACACGGAGACUCUGGACACCCCCGAGCCUGCCACGGAGGCCCUGGACACCCCUGAGCGUGCCUCCAGUGGAAAGGAAGUAGCUGAGGAUGUGUUGGUGCCCGAGUGGAGAGCCUGUCCUGAUGCCGGCGUGCACACUGGUGGUGGAGCUGAGCCCCACUUGCUGCCAAAGGAGGCCCAGGGGGCCAAGAACCAGUGGAGUGGAGGCCUUAAGCCAAGGCCGCAGGGUGCCGGGAAGGCUCCCAGGAGCAGCAGCCCAGAGGGGUGUCCUGCUGCCUGCCCCGAGGUCAGCCAGGCACAGCCCCCAAGCCCAGUGGAGGAGGGAAGGGCCACCCCGGAGCCCCGGCUUCCAGGGGCUGUGGCCUCAGAGGCCUGGCUGGGCUCCUGUGCAGAGCCUCCAUUGAGGGCUGUGCCCAGGCUGGGUGAGGGCUACCCCAAAGAGCCUGCCCCCACAUCCCCACCUCCCUCCUGGCAGCCAGAGCCUGUUCUGAGCCUGGGCAGUAGCCAGCGGGCCCAGGCAGCACCCAGAAUCCCCGGCCCCUUCCCACCACAGUCCCUAGAAAGCCCCACGGGGGGCCUGCCCAGGGCGCCCCAGGACAGUAUCCUGGGCUCUGAGCCCUCUGCUGCUGGUGUCCUCGUGGAGGCAGCCCCGCCUCCCAUGGCGCUCCCUGGCCCCUGCCCUUGUCAGGGCCCCCGGGAAGACUCAAUGGAGGGUGAGGAGCCCCCGGGCUCUCCAAGCCUCCCAUCCCCCAAGGCAGGAGCCCAGCGGGCGGUGGCUGCCUUCUCAGGAACCACAAACCUCCCGGGGGCCGGACAGCGAGUCACCCUCCCGCCCCACGCCCCCCUUCUCAGCCCCAAGGCAGCCUCCAAGAGGGGCAGCCAUGCCAAAGACCUGGCCUCACAGCUCUCACCCCCCUGCCAAGUGCCUCCUGGCUCUGGGCCCUGGAGCCCAGCCGGCCCUCGAGGGCUCCCAGCUACUGAGCAUCAGGACGACCAGGACAGCCUGGAGGAAGACUCACCACGAGCACCGGGCUCAGGCCAGCACUCAGACAGCCACGGGGAGUCAUCAGCCGAGCUGGAGGAGAACUUCUCAGGACCGCAGAGUGCGCAGUGCCCAGCCCAGGCUGCAGCAGGCAGUGGCAGCGAGGAGACCGUCGCCAAAGCCAAGCAGAGUCGCAGUGAGAAGAAGGCCCGAAAGGCAAUGUCCAAGCUGGGCUUGCGGCAGAUCCAGGGGGUCACCAGGAUCACCAUCCAGAAGUCCAAAAACAUCCUUUUCGUCAUCGCCAAGCCCGACGUCUUCAAGAGCCCGGCCUCGGACACCUACGUGGUCUUCGGAGAGGCCAAGAUUGAGGACCUGUCCCAGCAAGUGCACAGAGCCGCCGCCGAGAAGUUCAAGGUGCCCGCGGAGCCCUCUGCCCUGGUCCCUGAGUCUGCACCCGGGCCGCAUGUGAGGCCAUGCGAGGAGGAAGAAGGGGACGAGGAGGAGGAGGAGGUGGACGAGGCGGGGCUGGAGCUGCGGGACAUUGAGCUGGUGAUGGCGCAGGCCAAUGUGUCGAGGGCCAAGGCUGUGCGGGCCCUGAGGGACAACCAGAGCGAUAUCGUAAACGCCAUCAUGGAGCUGACAAUGUAGCCGCUGACCAGUGACCCAACUCCAUCCCUGCCCCUCAGCUCUGCUGCUCAAUAAAUGAGUCUUCCCUCA